AUGGCUAUCAAUGAUUGUGCUCUUACCAUUGCAGGCGCAAUGGCAGAAAAUUGUGUUGAUCCAGUUCUGCACCAAUGUCAGUAUUUGUUUCGCUACAGAAGCAACGUUCUAACUCUGAGGGAUGAGAUAAAAAAACUUGAACUAAAGAAAGAUGAAGUGCAACAAUUAGUUGAUGCAGCAAUUAACAAUGGUAAAUCAAUUAAACCAAAUGUCAUUGACUGGCUAAAACAAGUUGAUGAUCUAAAGAAAGAGGCAGACGCCAUUUUUAGGCAUAUGGAAAAUGUCAAGAUGAAUUGCCUUAAUGUCAGGCUUCCAAAUUUGAAGUCACAUUAUUUGCUAGGCCGAGAUGCUGACAAAAGAAAAAAUGCUGCUCAAAAACUUCUGAGCGAGGGGCAAUUUGAUGAAGUUGGAUACACUGCUCCAUUAGAGAAAAUGUCUUUUAGUGAAUCAACCCUACUCUUAGAGGAAGGACUAGCUACUCUGAUGUCAACAAAGAAGGAAGUGAUGAGAGUUCUAGAGCAGGACAAAACAAAUCUUAUUGUGAUUUGUGGUAUGGCUGGUGUUGGCAAGACUACCUUGGUGAACCAAAUUGCAGACCAAGUUAAGUAUGGAAAAUUAUUUUAUAAGGUGGCCAUGUUAACUAUGUCUAAAAAUCCAAGCAUGAGAAAUGCUCAAAAUCAGCUUGCUGAGCAGUUAGGGGUGCAAAUUCCAGCACAUAUUGAUGGUGCCAGAUUUGGACAAACAAUAUAUAAUAAACUAAGUGGGAGAGUUCUUGUUAUAUUGGAUGAGAUUUGGAAAGAAGUUGACUUCAAGAGUCUUGGGAUUCCUGUUAGCGAGAAGAUAAAAGUUAUAGUGACAUCUCAGUCCCCCUGUGUUUGCAGGAACAUGGGAGCUAAAAUUGUUGGGGUUAAUGCCUUGCCUGAGGAAGAAGCAUGUUAUCUUUUUAAAGCGGUUGCAGGAAUUUCUGAUGAUUCUGUUUUGAGUGAUGUUGCAAAACAGUUUGCAGAGGAAUGCAAAGAAGAUUAUAGCAUUCCAGUUGAAUGUUUGGUCAGGUACGGCAAAGGGCUAGAUUUGUUCAACGAGAGAGACACGUUAGGUGAUGUAAGAAGCAGAGUAGACGUGCUUGUUAAUGACCUCAGGAAUUACCAUUUGUUGCUGGAUGAUAGUGAAAGAGAAGACCAUGUAAAAUUGCAUGAUGUCGUGCGAGAAACUUGCUUGAAAAUUGCAUCAAAAGGCGAGCAUGUAUUUUUGGUAGGGAAUGCUAGAGAGGAAGAAAGGCACCAACUACCGGAUUCAUUUGGUCCUUACACGGCUAUUUCACUAACAUUAGAAGGUUCCAUUAGACUAUUUCCAUUUGGCGAGGAAUGUCCAAGGCUUAAGCUAUUGCGUUUGGUAUUCCAAUCAGGCAAAGUGAACCUAUCAAAAGAUGCUUUCGAAGGAAUGGAAGAUCUCAGGGUCAUGGAGUUAAACAAUUCACACGCAGAAUUUUCGCUAUCAUGGCCAGGCCAAAUGUUAACGAGCCUUCGGACAUUGUGCCUGGAUUAUUGUGUAUUGGACACUGGAACGUCAUCAAUGCUUGGUUAUAUGAUGCAAUUGGAAAUGUUGAGCUUCUUUAAAUCCAGACUUCAGGAUGAUCAGUUUCCAGUGGAGAUUGCUCGGUUGAGUAAUUUAAAGUCGUUGGAUUUGAGGGUCGAGCGAAGUCAGCAGCCGUUGCCUCAUGGUGUCCUGUCAAGCUUGAAGAAACUAGAAGAAUUGUAUAUGGGAUCUCCUCACCAUUUGCGGCUGGGGAGAGACAAAGAAGAAGAAAGAGGAUGCCUUGAAGAGAUCGCAUCACUCUCUUGCCUUGAGUGUCUCCAAAUUCAUGUCUAUGACCUUAACCUCCUAUUUCAGUUAUUGCACCAACUUCCUAUUCAGAGGUUGUUAAGAUUUCACAUUGUAGGAGCUGAUCAUAAAAUUAACCGGAGAGAUCUUACUAGAGAGUAUCAAUUUCGGAACAGUUUCGAACUUAUUUACUAUCGGUAUCAUAAGAGGAGGUUUGUAUUUAAACAAGCAUUGGAUCCUAUAGUUAGCAGCAUUGUUAAGAGAGCAGAGAAUCUCACUUUUGAGGGCGUGCCCUGCUUGAGGAAUCUGGUGAGCGACUUGGAUGAAGAUGGAUUUGUCAACCUGAGAAGGCUUAAAUUAGACCAUGAGGUACACCAAUGCCUUAUUGAAUCCACCACCAAUUUAGUUGCUCGACAGGUUUUCGAAAAUUUGGUGUUCAUGGAAUUAGAUCAUGUGAAUUUGGAAGAAAUAUGUCGUGGGAAUCUUCCACCUCGGUGCUUCAGUCAGCUUCGGGAGAUGAAACUUAAGUACACAAAUAUUAAGCAUUUGUGGAAGGGGCCAAUUGAACCUCCGUCACUUUGCAGCCUCAGAAUUGUUGAGCUAAGAUACUGCCAUCGAAUUGUAACUCUCUUCUCACAAUCAACGCUGAAAUGUCUAGUGAAACUCCAAAAGCUAGUAGUUCAUCAGUGUACAAACUUGGAAAGCAUUGUCAUGAGGGAAGAAAGUGUGAACGAGGAAGUGCUUGAGCUACCCCUACUCGAAACUUUAGUGAUGCAAGAAUCAGGCUUGUUGUGUUUUGACUCCAAACGUGAAACAGCCAGAGCUUUUCUCAACCAGUGGUCAUAUUCUAGUCCUUGA